UGUCACCGAGUGUCACGCCGCCCUCCCCGCCCCUCCGCCCGGGGUGUGGAGCGCAGCGGAGCGCGCGGCAGAGGGCCGGGCGCGUGGGGACGCGGGAGUGCGGGGUUCUGGGCGAGCCGCGCGGCACACGGAGCACGCUGGCCGCCUGAGCUCGGCGCGCAGCCCGGAGCCCGGAGCCGGGAGCCGGCCGCCACCCGCCUCCUGUGCCCUGGGCGGCAGCCCCGGCCGCGGCAGCCCGGCUCUCGGGGAGCGCGCCCCGCCAUGGAGCCUUCGCACAAAGACGCCGAGACGGCGGCGGCGGCGGCGGCGGUGGCGGCGGCAGACCGGGGGGCGUCCUCGUCCAGCGGGGUGGUGGUGCAGGUCCGCGAAAAGAAGGGCCCCCUGCGCGCCGCCAUCCCCUACAUGCCCUUCCCCGUGGCCGUCAUCUGUCUCUUCCUCAACACUUUCGUGCCGGGAUUGGGGACGUUCGUCUCGGCCUUCACCGUGCUGUGCGGCGCCCGCACGGACCUCCCGGACAGGCACGUGUGCUGCGUCUUCUGGCUGAACAUUGCGGCGGCCCUCAUCCAGAUCCUCACGGCCAUCGUCAUGGUGGGCUGGAUCAUGAGCAUCUUCUGGGGCAUGGACAUGGUCAUCCUCGCCAUUUCCCAAGGCUACAAGGAGCAGGGCAUCCCACAGCAGCUGUGAGCCCGGGCGAGCCGCUGAGAAGCCCAGUAUCCAGGAGGGCCACAUCAGGCAGCCGCGGGCACAGGGUCUUCACAUGUUCUCUUCUGCCACUUCCCGGGUUUGGAGUGGAAAGAAGGGACUUAAAAAUAUUAUUUAUUUUGAAAACACAUCUGCUUUUCUCAGUGGGCUCUGAGGGCUGCCAGCUCCUCCCGCUGCUCCAGAGAGCCCUAAGCGCAGACACCCAGAGCAUCUGGGUUGGGUGGGGAGUGGGGUGGAGACGGGCAUGCCUAGAGAGAGGCUGGCGCACCCGGCUUGGCCCGCCUCACACCGCCCACUGCCCACUGUGAGAGCGCGAGGGGAGGCCGGGCCAG